AAUGAGAUUGGCGUUUUGCUCGCGUGUCUGGAGCUUCUGAAGUUACAGUAAAACACAUCUUGGGGGCGCUCAAACACAAAACGGUCUUGCCGAGCACACAUACGUAACGGCGAAGAAGAUAUACGCCAAGUAGCGUCGACACUGCCGGAAAGAAAUAAGACGAGGAAGAUGCGAGGCGAGAUGAAUGUAGAGCUGCUGGUCUCGUCGGUGUCGGAACAUAAAGCACUUUAUGACAAACGCGACAGCGACUACAAACAUCUUGACAAAAGAGAACUGCUAUGGAGUGGUAUUGCAGAGCAAAUGGGCCUAGAUGUGGAGGAGGUAAAACAGAAAUGGAAAAGUCUGCGAGAUACAUAUACAAGAAAAAAACGCGAAGAUGAUUGCCGAAGUGGACAAGCUGCUAAAAACAAGAAUCCGUGGAAAUGUAUGAAGGUCAUGGAGUUCCUCGCAACAUCAACCGAAUUUCGAAGUGUUCACAGCAAUAUUUCUCCUGAAAAUAUGGAUGAAGAGGUUGACCAAGUGGUGGUCCAAAAAGAAGUGAGCGACAGUGAAGAAGCACCAGCAAGCACGUCUCCAGGAUCAUCCUUCUCCAGCCAAACUGUGACAAGGUCUACUGUGAACAAAAGAAAACAGCCAGAGACACCAGACUUCUUGGACCGGUACCUCUUAUCCAAAGAAGCCAGGGCAAGUGAGAAAGAGGAGCGCAGAGAGCAACGAAGAGAGCAACAAAAUAAUGAUAAUUACUUGUUUGCUCUUGGCUUGAUACCAGCACCGAGGAGAUUGUCCGCAGCCGUACGUUUUCAGUCAAAUUCAAAAUACAUCAGCUGUUGGGUGAUGCUGAGUUUGGCCAGGCCUCUUCUGCUUUUUGGUGUCCUACCAUCAGGUCACCCUGCAGACCCCAACAAACUAUGGCUGCUCUACAACUUCUUGGCUGCCCUAAUAGAUGUUCAUUAUAUGCAUUUUAAUUCUGUAUUUUUUAGUGUUUUGUUUUUUACAUUCAAGAAAUAUUGUUGA